AUGGAAGAAACGUCUAAGCAAUCCCCAUUUUCCAUCUUAUUCUUCUUCCUUCUCCUCACUGCUGCGCCGGUUUCCGCCCAAUUCCCCUUCCCGGAGACCACCUCCACGGCGGUUCCUGACCCCAGCAAAUUCUUCUCUCCAAAUCUCCUCUCCUCUCCACUCCCCACUAAUUCCUUCUUCCAAAACUUUGUUCUCAACAAUGGCGAUUCGCCGGAAUAUAUUCAUCCGUAUCUCAUUAGAACAGCAAAUUCUUCGCUCUUUGUUUCAUACCCAUCUCGUAUUUCCAAUUCUUCAAUCAACCAGUUGCAGUUCUUCCCCGAUCUCGUCAUUUCUUCACUCAACAAAACUUCUAACGCAACCCAUUUCGUAUCGUCCUUCAGCGAUCUUGGUGUUGAUUUGGACAUUGGCGUUUUCAGAUACCAUCUCGUUCGUGGAAGUCCUUACUUGACUUUCUCUGUUUUGAAAACCUCCUUUGUUUUGAUCUCAACCAGCAAUGGCGUCCGGUCUGUUGAUUCUUAUGAGGAUUAUACGAAAUAUAUCAUUCGGUUGAACAAUGGCCGGAGUUGGCUUCUUUAUUCCUCGUCGGCGAUUUAUCUGAUUAAAUCGAAGAGUAAUCAGGUUGUUACUUCCGGGGGAUUUAUCGGCGUGAUUCGGGUUGCUGUUUUACCGGAUUCAGCGGUGGAAUCGGAGAAAAUUCUUGAUCGGUACAGUGGAUGUUACCCUGUUUCUGGGUUUGCGAAGUUGUCGGGAGGUUUUGGGUUUGAGUAUAAAUGGCAGAAGAAAGGAAGUGGCGGCCUUCUCAUGUUGGCUCACACAUUGCACCGGGAAAUCUUGCCGCGAGAUCAAACGGUUCUUCAGAAUCUCCGGUACAGCAGCAUCGACGGUGACCUUCUGGGUGUGGUUGGAGAUUCGUGGGAUUUGAAGUUCAAUCCGAUUCCGAUCACUUGGCAUUCAAUCAACGGAAUCGAUAGCAAAUUCUUCCCUGAGAUUGUCGCCGCUCUUAAACGGGACGUUGCGACUUUAAACGUUACAGAGCUUUCGUCAACGCCGGCGUCUUAUUUCUAUGGGAAGUUGUUGGCCAGAGCUGCGAGAUUGGCUCUGAUCGCCGAAGAGGUGAAUUACGGAGCCAGUGUCAUUCCGGCGGUGGUGAAAUUUUUGAAAAACGGGAUUCAGCCAUGGUUGAUCGGGAAAUUUCCCAAAAAUGGGUUUCUGUAUGAAAGAAAAUGGGCUGGAUUGGUGACGAAGAACGGUGCUACAAGUACAAUAGAGGAUUUCGGAUUUGGAAUCUACAACGAUCACCAUUUCCAUUUGGGUUAUUUCGUGUACUCAAUCGCCGUUCUUGCGAAGCUUGAUCCAAAUUGGGGAAAACAAUACAAGCCUCAAGCCUACGCUUUGCUUUACGAUUACAUGAAUUUCAGACCCAAAAAAUCUCAAUUCUCAAUUCCAUUCAGAAACUUCGAUUUCUGGAAGCUCCACUCCUGGGCCGCCGGAUUGGCCGAAUUCCCCGACGGUCGAAAUCAGGAAAGCACAAGCGAGGCCGUCAACGCUUAUUACGCAGCUGCCCUGAUGGGUUUGGCUUACGGCGACGCAUCCCUCACCGCCGCCGGGUCAACACUGACGGCGGCAGAGAUCACGGCGUCGCAGACAUGGUGGCAUGUGAAGAAAGAAAAGAAUGGAAUUUACGAUAAGGGAUUUGCAGAGGAAAACAGAAUGGUGGGGAUUUUGUGGAGUGCAGCAAGGGAGAGCCGCCUGUGGUUUGCUCCAGCGGAGUGGAGGGAAUGUAGACUUGGGAUACAGGUGUUGCCGGUAUUGCCGGUGACGGAGAGGAUGUUUACCGAUGUGGGGUUUGUGAAGGAGGCUGUAGAGUGGGUGCAACCGGCGUUGGAACGGGAAGAUGCCGGUGAAGGGUGGAAGGGAUUUGCAUAUGCUUUGGAAGGGAUUUAUGAUAAGAAGAGUGCGGUUGAGAAGGUGAAGAAGUUGAAGAAACAUGAUGAUGGGAAUUCUUUGAGUAAUCUUUUAUGGUGGAUCUAUAGUCGGCCGGAGGGACGAGGUUGA